GAGUGGAGAAGAUUGCGACGACGCCUCGUCCGCUUACGUGCGAGCGACUGUUCACCCCACAUCCCCGCUUCCUUCGUUGCUUCCUCCCACGCCAACUUCCACGUGCAAAAUCCCAGCGAACCACGACGGCGUGCAACACACCAUUUGGUUUCUAGUUCUCUUAUGGAUCGCGACAGGGCUUACGGCAGAAUGUCACAGAUGACGCGAGACGGGAUGAUACGUGUCGCCUCAAACUCGCGACAGGGCUCGAGUUUUCGAGCCUUCGUCCUAAACACAUUCGGGUUGCACCAUCGAUGACGUCCCCAAACUUUUGGAAUCGCUUCGAAUUGCAUUUGGAGGACAGGGAGAUAUGUAUAAGAGCUGUGCGAGAUCAUUACGGAGACUGUGUAGUGGAAGAGUUUGAGGAACAGGGUUAUUGCAGCUACACCCUUCUGGUUACGCCAUCAAAAGUCGCUUUUGCGGAGAAAGACACGCAACGUCAGGCUACCGCCGACGUGAAAUGUGAAUAUGUAUCCACUCUCAUCGUCCAGUUUCGGCCGCCGCAGCACGCCCUCGACCUCGAUAUCGGACGCGCUGCUAGCAUGACGUAUCCAAAACUGGCCCCAACCAUCAAGGAUCUGGAUUUAGCACUACCCAGAGGCAUAUGCGCAUAUGAGAUGGAAAAGUUUGAUGGCACGCCGCUGAGCCGAGUACUACGACAUCAAGACUCACUCGAUGCCAGCGCAGGAAAGCAGCUAGAGCGCCUCGUCACAAGUUUCGCGGAUCUUAUUGUACAAAGCUGGCGCUCACCACAAAAAGUACACUGUAUAAUCAGGACGGUACGAGCCGACUCACCCAUGGAUGAGCGUCCAUCGAUGCUCGCUCAGUGUCGCGGCAAAGUCGGCUCAACGCUCAUUUCUAGACUUGAAAGGCUGGCUAGUGAGCUACCAGACGCAUGUCUACGCAAAAGAGCGAGAGAGACAAUGCGCGCGAUAAAGCGAAUGGAAGACUACCCAGUAGUACUCAAUCAUGGGGACCUAAUCCCGUCCAAUAUUCUGAUCGACCACAACACCUGGGAGAUCACAGGCUUGGUAGACUGGGCAGAGGCGGAGUACUUACCUUUCGGGACCUGCCUGUACGGACUCGAGCAUCUCCUCGGGGAUAUAUCACCAGCUCUCCCCGAAUCUGCGCCCAAAUGGUCCUACCUCAACGGUGCGAUGGAACUUCGUGAGCUGUUUUGGGCGCGCUUGAUUGACGCCGUACCGGAGUUGGAAGCUCGAAUGGACGACGUGAGAGUGAUGAGAGAUGUGGGUGUGCUGCUUUGGCAUGGCAUCGCUUGGGAUAAUGGUGCUAUCGAUCGCGUCGUCAACGAUGUGGAUGAUGUGAAAGAGCUGGUCAAACUUCGCGCGUUUCUGACCGCAGCAUGAGAGUAGCCGCGCGAGGCACCAAUGGCGAGCGCAUGAGGUACCAUUGUCAUUCCUUUUCCCUCUCUUGUCGUUAAGUCCCACUUUUCUUCCUUUACGAUGUGUCAUGCUGAGAUUUCGUUCUCGCUGUUGAUCGCAGUGCGUCGCGGCUUCCUCUCAAACAGUGGAUGUCCCUUCCCAAACAUAGUGCACCUUCUAUAUACACGUAGGCAACAUCACAUCUUUGUU